UGAUGUGCAACGCAGGAACUACAGCCAACAGGGUUACACAUUCAACUGUUAGGCCACAAAUCAGAUCAUAUCACUAAUUUUGGUCACAAGUGUGUGUAAAAUGUCUCUAUAGUUUCUACUUAUCUGCUCUCUAUAUAAGGAAACGCAGAGCAAGUUGCAGCGUCACGGUCAUUUACAAUAUACCGAAACCUCUGGAUGGUUGUCACGAAUCCGUUUCUUUGUAUUUGUUAAUUAGAAACAAGUACAGCACAAAACGUAUGAAAUGGGUGAUUAUUGUAAUCCAAACAGUGACAUCACACUGCUUAAAGUCCCAAAAUUUUUAGCGGAAGAAUGGAGAAGAGCCAACAAAGGGCCUUUCCUAGGGUAUUGUAAAAAGGGGGAAGAUGGAAUAGUACAAGAGCUUUUGGUAGAGUGCAAGGAGAAGCAGCAACUUUUCUUAACACGAGAUAAUCAACUUAGCUGUCCGACCGCUGUGCAAUUUAGGUCGGAUAAUCCAAAUGUCGAAUCAAUGGGGAGGUUCAAAAGGUGUCUUACAGUCUACCCAUCUUUAAACACCAUGUAUAAAAACGAAAUCAAAGAAAGACACCUUUUGUCGAAUGUCCAAAAGCCAAGAGGAACCACGUAUGAGACAAGAAAUGAAAUUAAUAACGACAGAACUAUGACGCUCUUUAAAUACUUCAAUCCGCAGCGCAAGGGGGUUGAAGAUGUAUUAAGGGGAAUAACUAUCGCAACCCCUCCGAAACAGGACACUCCCUACUCAAGGUCAAAAAAUAAAGGGCAAAGGAGAGAUAUCAUGGAUAUGGACGAACUUAAAAUGAGCAUAUGUAAGGUGUUUGAAACAGAUGAAGGAAAGGAAGGUUUACAGUUCAAACGAAUAUGCCAACUAGUCAAUCAACCUUCAACGCAUGUCAAAAUUGCAAUUGAUGAAAUAGCAGAACAACGAAAACGAAGCUCAGAUCAUAAGCUUGUAUACUUCUUGCGAAAUCAUUUUAAUCCGGAAAAAAAGAAAUCCAUACUGGCUGAACAUAUUAAUCAAGGAUAAAUAGUAUUUAUAACGACCACUAUAAUC